UUUAUCAUUAUUAAGAUCUGCUUGUGAAAAUGUAUAUAACAUAGCUAGUUGAAAAUACUUCAGUAGUUUUCUAAAAAACAACAGAAAACCAUCAACAAUGAAAUAUUUCGUCCUUUCUGUGGUAUGUCUUAUCAGCGUUGUUCAGGGCGGCCUACUAACGGAUGAGCAAAAGCAGAAGAUAAUGCAAAUCCACGCAGAAUGCCUAAAAGAGACAGGGGUAGACGAAGCUAUUACUUUGCAGGCCCAAAAGGGAGAGUACGUUGACGACCCAAAAUUGAAGAAACAGAUCUUUUGCUUCAACAAGAAAGCCGGCUUCCAAAAUGAAGCUGGUGAGCUGCAAAUCGAUAAAAUUAAAGCUAAUCUUAUGGAAAUGAUUAAAGAUAGCGAGAAAGCAGACGAGCUGAUCAAGCAGUGUAAUAUAAAGAAGGAAAACGGAGAAGAAACUGCGUUUGCUGUUACCAAGUGUUUCCACAAUCUUGCUCCAAACAAGGAUUUCUUAGCCUAAUAACAGAGUAACAAGUAUUGUAGGUUUAAACGAAUAAUA